GCCGCCCAGAAAACGGGGAAUUCAAACAGAGCCACCAUUUCUCUUAACACAGCGGGUACAUAUUUUGCUUGUCAUCUGGGAAGUGAUACUCUGCUCUCUGGGGAACAUUCCCGCCCAAAAAUUUCGCCGUCUUCAACCCAGACUCAAAUAAGAGCCCCAAAAUAGUCUCUAAGCUACUCAUCAUCAAGAGGAGAGGAUCAUUCGUUUAUUUACUUCGGAGCUGUGGAGAUAGGGUGGCGUACCUCCAGUGUCUUCUGCUUUAGAGAUGACGACGGAGAAGAAUUCGGAAGGUCCGGGAAAGCCAGCUAUUCAGUUGGACCAAGUAAUCGAAGGAGACACUAUUGGCUCCAGAAACUACCGCUUCGUGAAAGUUGGAGAAUCUGUGCCGAUUAAACCUCCUGGAAAAGAUGAUUCCCUGUACGAUUCCCAUAAUCCUCCGUCGAAGCCUUUGGCUGUCUCGGAACGAUUUCGCCUACUCUUCAUCGCGCACUCUAAUGGUUUUUAUGUAGCAAGGACAAAGGAAGUCAUGGGUUUGGCAGAGGAAAUCAAAGACAACGGGAGUAGCCAAUCGAUUGACGAGUUGAGCAUCCUGAACCUAUCUAUUGGAAGAGUUUCCAUAUUGGCACUGUCUUCGGGUGAUUCCUUGCUCGCUGCUUCUGUAGCAAACCAACUCCAUUUCUUUUCCAUUAGCGCUCUACUUCAUAAGGAACAAAAACCAGCUUUUUCAGUUUGCCUCGAUGACUUCAGUUGCAUCAAGGACAUGAAAUGGGCUAGAAAAGCGGAAAAGAAUUAUGUUGUUCUAUCAAGUGAUGGAAAGUUACACCAGGGAAUUGGUCAAGGUUCUCCUAUGAAUGUGAUGGACAAUGUUGAUGCUGUGGAAUGGAGCCCGGACGGUGCUUUUGUGGCUGUGGCAAGAAAGAAUGUUCUGGGUAUCAUGUCAUCCCAGUUCACUGAAAAGCUCAGCUUUUCACUAUCUUCCACAUCGAUUAUAGUGGAUUCUAUCAGAUGGCUUCGUACAGAUAGUAUCGUUUUAGGAUGCUUGGAAGGAGGUGAUGAGUCUGAGCAGGGAAGUUACUUUAUUCAAGUCAUCGCGACCCAGAGCUUGGAAAUUACAGAUGCCUGUUCAAAGCCAGUUGUGCUGUCAUUCAGUGAUGCAUUUCUAGAUUACCAGGACAACGUUGUGCCCGGUGCGACUGGACCAAAUCUGUUCGUGAGUUAUCUAGAUCAUCAGAAGCUUGCGUUCAUUGCUAACAGGAAGAAUCUCUCUCAACACAUUGUGAUACUUGAUUGGUCACAAGAUGGCAAUAAAAAUGAACCUGCAAUAGUUGAGCUAUUAAAUGAUGCUUGGCGUGCAUACAUUGAAUCUCAAGGGAAUGGUGAUGAUAAUUUGAUCUUGGCAUCGUAUGUUGACAAGGUUUCCCAGAAUCAUGAAAUUAGAUGCAUUGUUGGAGAAGCAGAGACUGAACUCUCUCCUUGUUGCAUUCUUCUUUGCCUCACCAUUGAUGGGAAGCUUUCCCUAUUCCACUUUUUCAGUGCUACAGGUGCUUUGGGUUCUCCUGAGGUUAUUGCUGACUCUGAUGGAAAAGAGGAUGGUUAUGCCGUCAUGCUUCCAGAACAUGGCUUGUCUGAGAUUUCUUCGGAAGUCAGGGAGCAAAAUGUGCAGCAUGUAUCUCUUCGCUUGGAACCUGAUGAUUCUGGGAUGGUUGAACCUCAUACAGUUGAUGAUGUUGUUACAGGAAACAGCAAACUAUCUGCAUCCUGGGAGAGCAAAAAGCCUGAUAAACAAAGUAGUUUUGACAACCUGGAGCAGAAACCUCCUAUAAGUUUUGAGAAACUAAAUGGUGACAAUGAGGAGACAUUUACUAUUCCAAUGCCAAACCAAGAUGGAGGUAACCAGGAGCUUUUAUCAGCAGAAAAGCCAGGUCCUAAAUCAGAAGAUUUGCCUUCCAAGACUUGCCACCUUGAGGCUCCUGGAAUUAGGGAUAGAGAUUUCUGCAAGACAGAAGCAUUUUCUGUAGCCAAACCUCAUGUAAAUUCCUUUUCGGUUUCAACUGAUUUGUCCAGCCAGUCUAUUAGCAAAAAUCUACAAGCAUCUGGCAGUCUGGAAUUCCGAGAAAAUUAUGUACUAACUGAUCUAAGGACUGCAUCACCUUCCUUCUCAAUUGCUAAAUCGACUCUGUUGGAAACUUCUGAUGAAAAGUCAUUAUUAUCAUCUAUUGGCAUUAUCGAUAAGAAAUCACCCGGAAUUCCAGAUAGAAACACGUUACAUUCUACUGGAUGUCUAUUUCAAUCUCCUCCAAAGUCAAAGGAGACUGCUGCCCCUGCAGUUACAAUAGAUUCUUCAGGACAGAGACCUAUGGCCAAGAUGGGAGAUAUAGGCUCGGUAUCUGCCUUUGGCAACUCACAAGUUAUUUUGCAGGAAAGCUUUGCUUCAGGAUUGUCUUCGGUGCCUCGAAUCUAUGAAGAACAUUUGUCUGCUUCCUCCCAAUGGCCCAAUAAUGAGCAAAAGUUAUCAAAACAGAUCUGCAAUGUUGAAGUAAUGGCCAGAAAAAUGGAUAGCCUUCUAGAAGCUAUUGGAGGAGCAGGCGGUUUCAGAGAUGCUUCAACUACUUCACAGGAAGACUCAGUAGUAGCAUUGGAGGAAGGCUUAUGGACAAUUUCAGAAAGAUGCAGAAUGUGGAGGGGAGUACUGGAAGAGCGAUUGAGGGAGAUCCAGCUGCUCCUGGAUAAAACAGUGCAAGUUUCGGCAAAGAGAAUAUGUAUGCAGGGCAUUUUCCAGCAAGCUACUGAUAAAUGGUAUUGGGAUCUUUGGAAUUGUCAGAAGCUGAGUUCUGAAUUGGAGUUGAAGAGAAAGCAUAUAAUAGAAGUUGAUCAGGAUUUAACCAGUCAGCUGGUUGAACUGGAAAGACAUUUCAAUACCAUCGAGUUUAAUAGGUUUGGUAAAAGUGAAGUAGCUCAAACAAAUCCAAGGGCUAUUCAAAGGAGUCAUGGGAAAUCAAGGCAACAGUCUUUUUAUAGCUUACAGAAUACAAUGGGUGCACAGUUAGCUGCUGCAGAGAAGCUCUCAGAAUGCCUCCGGAAACAGAUGGCUGCACUUAAUGUGCAGUGCCCAGCUAAAAAACAGAAUCUAAGAAGGGAGCUGUUUGAAACACUUGGGCUUACAUAUGAUGGUGCCUCUUACAACUCUCCAAGUAACCAAAAGGCAUCAGACACCCUAACAAAGCAACUUCUGAAAACGUCAUGUUCUUCUGUCUCUGCUAAGGAACUGUCUUGUAGAAAUCAAUAUACUCCUGUGAAGGCUUCUGAAUCAGAAAGUUUGAGGCGGCGUCGAGACUCAUUGGACCAGAAAUGGUCUAGCUCCGAGGCUCCAAAAACAACUCUGAAAAGGAUAAUCGUGCAAGGAGAACAUGAAAACAGUAGUACAAAUAGAUUGCCCAGUAAAGCAGAAGAGAAACAUCUCAAACUACAUCCACCAAAGGGAUCCGCAGCUGCUCAUUCAAUACUUUCUGAUAGCUCUGCAACAUCCACCUUCCAAUCCAAAAGCCCAAUUGUUGCUGAAAAACACGUAAAGCAAUCUAUUGAAUAUUCCAUGGCUCCAUCUCAGUCAGCUGAUGCUCUUGCAGAUCCUGCAAUGCAAGUAUCAAGAGAAGGUUCUCCUGCAGUGUGGCAACUGUCUGCAUCAACAGCUUCUGCAAGUCUAAAUGGUACAAGGGAAAAUCAUACUUCAUUGUGGAAAUCUAAAAGUGGCUUACCAUUGGUUAGAACUUCGGAGUCACUGUCAGGAGGUGAUUCUAGAUGCAUUCAGCAGUCUAAAUUACCCUGCUUUGAUGCUCCAUCCAUCCCUGAGAGGCUUCCUGGUGUGUCUAUGACAUCAAGUAAGAAUGAUGUUGAGAUUCCUAACAAUGAAGUUCCAAGAAAAGAAGUGAAAAAUACUUUAACCACCACCAAAAGCUCACUGUCUGAUUCCAAUAGCAGUUAUAAAGCUUCAGUAUCCCCAGCAGAGCCCAUUGCUUUAUCCCCCAGUUUCUCUCAAAAGAGUGUAGACACUGAAAUUGCAAAAAGCAAAAGUAGUCCUGGUGAAACAACAUUGCCUUCUCCUGCAAGUUUGACUCCUCAAGUUAACUUAUCAUCAACAACCUCAUCUUCAUUGUCUAAAGCAAGCGCAGCUACCUCAUCAUCUGCCAUGUUAUCUGGUAAAUUUUCACCAUCUGAAUUCAGGACCGAAACACAUCAAAAGGCAUCUAACCUUAUAGUUUCUUCCUCUCUAACAUCUGCAUCUUCCCUGCCUUUUUCAAUUCCAAAACUGGACGGAUUUUCAUCUACUACCCUGCUUUUUAAAAAUGGGAAUGCUGGUACUCUAGAAACUGGAUCUCAGCCUCUUGUUUCUGUAUUUGGUUCAAAAAGAGAUGGAGAUUCAACUAAGGGAACUAGGCUAUCCAAUUCUAGUUCAGCAAUAGGAGAAGCUUUUGAAUUACCGGUUUCAGUUUCUCAGCUUGGGCUUGCUAAUGACACAUCCAAUUUUGGUACUGAACGUACCACACAAUCAACACAAGUUACUGAAUUGCCUCCCAGUUUAAAAUCUGAGAAUCAGCCCAGUAUCAGUAGCAUGUCAGAUGCUACCACAGAAAUGGCACCAUAUGGUAAACUUCAACAGCCUUGGCCCUCCACAACAAAUUCACCAGCUGCCACAGUUUCUGGGAUGCCAAAUGAUGGGAAAAAUGGGAGUUCUGCUGUUAGUGAUGAGGAUGAGAUGGAGGAGGAAGCCCCUGAGGGUAGUCUGACAACUGAACUGGCACUGGGAAAUCUAGGUGGGUUUGGUAUCGGAUCAACUCCAAAUUCAACUCUCGUGAGACCAAAUCUAUUUGGUGGGGAAAUGCUGCAUAAAGCUGCAACUUCGCCAAGUUCACCAUUUACAUUGCCAACUCCAAGUGCUGAGUUGUUCCGACCUGCAUCCUUUAACUUCCAGUCUCCAUUAUAUUCCCAGCCAUCUCAGUCAGCAAAUAUUGGUGCUUUCUCGAGUGCAUUUGAUACUGGAAACACCAGUCAAGGUGCUACAGCAAGUGGAUUUGGCCAGCCAGGACAAUUUGGGUCAGGUCAGCAAGCUCUAGGAUCGGUGCUUGGUGCCUUUGGACAGUCAAGACAGCUGGGUGCUAGCCCACCUAGAAGUGGUAUUCCACCUCCAAGUGGUUUAACUGGCAUGUCCACCGGUGGUUUUGGAGGUGGUUUUUCAAGCGUUGCCUCAGCUGGUGGUGGAUUUGCUAGUCUGGCCACAGGUGGUGGAUUUGCAGCUGCUGCAAUGACUGGGGGUGGGGGUGGGUUUGCCGCUGCUGCUACAGCUGGAGGUGGAUUUGCUGCGGCUGCCCCAGCUGGUGCUGGUUUUGCAAGUGGAGGGUUUGGAGCUUUUAGUACCCAAGGCGGUGGAGGCUUUUCUACAUUUGCUACUAGUUCUGGAGCUGGAAGACCUCCGUCUGAACUCUUCACGCAAAUGAGAAAAUAACUGUUACAAAGGUCGUACUAGGUCCAGUUUCUCUGGCCGGUGUCUGCUUUUUAAUUUUAGAUACUGUGUCAUGGGGAUGCGUUGCAUAUAGUAUUAUUGGUUAAUUUUCUUUUGCUCCUACUUUUCGCAA